UCCAAGAUGUUCAAAAGAUCCAAAGUCACAGAUGGCACAGCCAUUGGCCAAGGGCCAGCGGCAGAGAAUGAAGUGGGUAUCCGGAAAAAAUCACGCGUUCCCGGAGUGAUGAUUACGCAGUUCAUAGAGACGCUACCAGAGGGGAAGAGCCAUCCAGACUUUACUCGCAAGCCAAUCGCUUUGACUAUUCAAGAAGGGAAAUUUGCUUUCUUUAAAGCCAUUGUCACCGGAGAUCCGAAACCCACUGUGGCGUGGAGCAGAAACAAUGGAGAUGUGUCUGAUACUUCAAAAUAUCAGAGCAAAUACGACGCCAACUCCAAUGAGCAUACGUUUGAGAUGCCAAAUGUCACAGCGGCUCAAGCAGACACAUACAAAUGUUUUGCGACCAAUGAAUUCGGACAAGCCAUGGUGACCGUUGUUCUGAACGUUAUUGAAGUUGGGUACAAAAAGAAUAAAGCCCAGCAAAACGCAAUAGAACCCAUCAAUGGUGGUUUUAAUAAAAUCCUACGAAAAAGUAAAGUGCGUCGAAAAUCGGAGCAAACGGAGAAGAAAGACGGCGAGUUGGAUCCUAAACUUUGUGAGCUGCUACUUAGCGCUGAUAAGAAAGACUACGAGAGAAUCUGCGCAGAGUACGGAGUGACUGAUUUCCGCUGGAUGCUGAAGAAACUUAAUGAAAUGAAGAAGGAGCGAGAAAAGGAACAAGCUGAGUUUGUCAAGAAUAUAUCCAACCUGAGACCUAUUCGAGUGCAUGCAGACGGUACCGCAUCCUUUGAGAUUGACAUGGACCUCAUUGAGCAGAGCAGCUCAAUAUACCUGUAUAAGGAUGGUGAAAUGAUUCCUUACACAAAAGAACUGGGAGACACAAUGAAGCACAGCUUGAGGAAAGUGGGGCGAAAGUAUAUUUUCACCAUGAGGGAUCUUAGACCAGAAGAUGGUGGAUUCUACCAGUUGGAUGUAGAAAAUGUGAACAUAUUUUCCACAGAUUUUAAAAUUCCCAUGGUUGAUUUCUUGGUGAAAAUUCAGGAAGUGAAGGCGAUGGAGAGAGAAGACGCCGUAUUCGAGUGUGUGCUUUCAAUUCCACUGGCCAAGAUUUCCUGGUUUGGCAAGAAUUUGCCCUUGGAACAAGGAGAUAAAUAUGACAUUGAGGUGUCGGAGGAUAAGCUCAUUCAUAGGCUCAUUGUCAAAGACUGCAUGGUUGUGGACAAAGGCAUUUAUUCCGCCACUGCAGGAAUAAAAUCAUGCAGUGCCUGGCUUGUCGUUGAAGCUGAUAAAGAUGCAGAUCAGGGCAAGAAGUCGAUAAGGAAGACAACAAAGGCUGGCGGAUCUGGUAUCGACCUGCAGAAGGUGGCUAAGGAGCAGCAGGAAAAGUUGACCAUACAGAAAGAGGAAAUGAAAGAACAAAUCAAAGCUGCAGAAGAAGCGGCGCCCCCACCCGAAACACCUAAACCAAGAAGUAAUAAACCAGCAGACAGCCCAGCUACAUCAGCUGGAAAGGCAGUGAACAGCGAUCCUGUGAUUACUUGUGGACUUUCCGAUAUUUAUUGUCUACGUGGGAAGUCGGCUGAACUAAAAGUCAUCAUGAACAUGGACUGCGACGGGACCUGGUUCAAAAAUGGAGAGCCAAUAAGCGCUGGUGCUGGAAUCAGCAUAAUGAAAGACUCCACCUCUCACAUGCUGACUUGUGAAAACUGCCAAGAUGACGAUUCUGGCCUGUACCGCUUUGUAUCAGGGGAUCAGAGUACGCAAGGAAAGGUCAUUGUCGGAGGCAUACCGGAAUUUGACCCGGACGAUCUUCACAAGUUUUGCAAGCCGUUGACAGUGAGCGUGGGCCAGAACGCCACUUUCAAAAUGCCCUUUGCCCCUCAGGAGGCUUUGAUUGUCAACUGGUCUAGGAAUGGCAUCAAUGUCAAAGAUGGAGGAGGAGUCAAGGUUGUGAGGGAGCCCAAUCACAGCCGUCUGCUCUUCAGGGACUGCCUGCGGGCAGACAUGGGGGAAAUUAAAAUUCAGCUUAAAAAUCCAUUUGGGACCGCAGAGGCAACCUCUCAGCUUUUUGUUCUCGAUCGCCCAGGUCCGCCGGAGGGUCCGGUGGAGACACUUGACACCACCUCAUCUCUCAUUGUGAUUAAAUGGAAACCUCCAAAAGAUGACGGCGGAUGCCCCGUCACCAACUACGUCAUCGAGCGCCAACAGGCGGGCCACAGUCUGUGGACCAAACUUGGCCACGUCCCCGGUGACAAGACAAGCUUUAGGGACAGGAAUGUAACCCACGGGAAGAAGUACAGCUAUCGAAUCUAUGCAGAGAACUCAGAAGGCCUUGGCGACUCCCUGGAAACUGCUGAUAGCAUAAUGGCUGGCGUCAUGAUACUUUCUGGACCACCCGGUGCCCCCCAAGUGGUCAGUGCCUCAAAGACCUGUAUCACACUGACAUGGACCCCGCCCGAAGAUGACAGGGGAGUGCCCGUCAUCGGCUAUCAAAUAGAGAAACGGAGGAAAGACACAAAUCAGUGGAUUUCCUUGAACGCGGUGAAUGAACCGAUUGAAGACGUCAAUUAUGCGGUUAAAGACGUCACUGAGGGAGCAGAGUACGAGUUCAGGGUUCUUGCAAUUAAUGAGUCUGGAGCCGGGGACCCAAGCUCCCCGUCUGCAAUAGUGUGUGCAAAGAAUCCCAACAUGAGGCCUUACUUCAAAGACCCAGAGGACUUCAUUGUUGUCAGAGCAGGAAAUUCAGUGCGUGUAAACCUUCUUUAUGAGGCUGAACCCCCACCGGAGAUCACAUGGUUCAAGGAUGAUGAAGCGUUACCCCCAUGGAUAAAAAUAAUCAAUUCUGAAGGACUGUCCCAGCUUGUUAUUCCCUCAUCGAAGCGCUCCGACUCUGCCAUCUACACUAUCAUUGCCAAAAACUCAGUUGGGCAGGCUUCCUUUGAUGUUGAGGUUAGAGUCACAGAUGAACCGAAGAGUCCAGGGCCAGUGGAACUGGAGCAAACUGUCCACGGCAAAGUGGUGAUAACAUGGGCUCCAUCGCCAGACCAGGAGCUUGAUGACAGACUUUACUACACGGUGGCUCAACGCGACUCCAACACCAGGGUGUGGAAAACUGUUGCAGACCGCCUAUUCACAAAUACACACACAGUUAGCAACAUUCUACCAGGUCUUGAAUAUCAUUUCCGGAUCUUCGCCAAGAAUGAUAUGGGGCUGUCGGAGCCAUCGGAGUCACCAACAUGGGGAAUGAAUAGCAACAGAGUUCCAAUCACGCCCAAGGGAAUCAACUCGACGCAUAUCAGCUUUGAGAGGCCCCCAUCCAUCUUGGUCCCUCUGAAGCUUCAUGCGCCACCAAAAGGUUACCAGGUCUACAUGACGUGUGCCGUGCGAGGGUUCCCAACACCCACCGUGUCCUGGUUCCUCAAUAACCAGUGUAUCAACUCGGACAGCAACUACUACAUCACCAACUCCUUCGGCGUCUGCUGCAUGUAUAUUCUCAGAGUGAGGCCAAAGGACAGCGGAGAAUACAAAGUCGUUGCAAUCAACUCAUUUGGCAAGGCAGAAUGUUCCACGAAACUCAUUGUUAGAGAAUGAAUCAGCUGGAGGGCCUUAUAUGGGGCGUAUUUGAGAGAGGGAUAAGGCAGUAACGGCG